UAGAAACAUAAACAGCUGAUUGGUGUCGCCGACGACGACACACUUUGGAAAAAAUGCGUUUAAAAUUAAAUAUUGUGAGGAAACCCUAUUGAUUAGCCAAUGCGGCGUUUAUUUGCAUCAGUCAAUGCACAAUUAAUGUCAAAGAAUAAGGGAAAAGCAAAGUCCGGCGUCGAAAAUACGAACACAAAGCCGGCGCCGGCAAACGACAGUCCAGUCACCGUGGAUAAAAGUGGCAAUAUAUGCAUUAAAAUACUUGCCAAACCUGGAGCCAAGCACAAUGGCAUUACGAACAUUGAUCUUGAAGGCGUUGGCGUCCAAAUAGCCGCACCGCCCAGUGAAGGAGAAGCCAAUGCAGAGCUGGUAAAAUUUCUAUCCAAGGUCCUGGGGCUGCGCAAGAGCGAUGUCUCCCUGGACAAGGGAUCGCGGUCCCGCAACAAGAUCAUACUGAUCAGCAAGGGUGCAUCGACGGUGGAGUCCAUUCAGCAGCUGCUGCGCAAGGAAUGUGAAUCGUAAGGCCUCUCCCCUCCCAGUUAGUUUUUAACAGAUUCGAUCCAUUAAAAAUGUUCAUAGAUAUGCAUUUGAAAACACAAUUUGUUUGUUUAUUUGGUUUUAUCAUCGAUCGAUCUGGUCAUCAAACCUUAAGACAUAAAUUUCAGUUCUAGAAACUAGAGCGUAUAGUCUUUAGUUUAUUUUUACAUAAAUUAUGUGGACUCUAAAUUAGAAAUUCUUAAAACGACUGCUUCUGAAGUUAGUUUUCGGGAACCUGGCGGAUUCUGUUCUGCAUGCGAGUGUGGGAUGACUAAGCGUAUAAUUGUCGCAUAUAA